UAAAUUAUUUAAUUUUUUUGCGAUAUACACCCCCUCAUAUGUUCAUGAGAUUAUUUGAAUAACAUAAUGAUGACCGAAGAAGAGGGUGCUAAUUUGAGUGAUGACGAUGAUUUCAUCGAAGAAAAUAUAUAUUCUGGACUACCUGAAAUUCAUGGCACAUUGAGCAAAUGGACUAAUUACAUCCAUGGCUGGCAAGAUCGAUUUGUAAUAUUGAAACAGGGUACCUUAAGCUAUUAUAAAUCAGAAGAUGAUGUGGAAUUCGGAUGCAGAGGCGCUGUUAGCCUAUCCAAAGCUGUUAUUACGCCCCACGAGCUGGACGAGCUCCGUUUUGACGUGACGGUCAACGACAACGCCUGGUACCUGAGAACCAACACGGACCGGGAAAGGUUCCGAUGGAUGGAAACCCUGGAUUUUUACAAAUCUUGUCGGAUCAAUAACGCCAACUCUAACGGUAGUAAUGACGAUUCCGGAUUUGGCAGCGAAAAUAGCUUGCUGCUCAAGAGACAACCUUCCUCCCUAUCCAUAACUUCCGGCACCAGCCUGUCCAGUUACUCGGCCUGUUCCGUUAAGAGGGGCCUAGGACUGAGAGAAAAGCUGGCCGAGAUGGAGACCUUCCGUGACAUUCUCAAUCACCAAAUCGACAAUUUGCAGCACUACUUCGACUCCUGCCUCCGUCUCAAUCAUCCGCCGUGCGGCAACGGUUGCAACAACAGACUCAGGCCAAACGUGAUCGGUGAAUCCGUUUGCACCCACUAUGAAAAUGGGUUCAAACCCGACGACGAUUCCGACACCUUCAACUCCUUUAGCGCCAAUAAUAUCGGCAAUGCGACCAAGUCCCAAUCGUCCCAACCACUGGCGACCCAUAGGCGAACGCCUUCCUUACCCGUUACCUCCAUACUGUCCAAGAUUGAUUUGUUCGGUGCUGGCUCCCUUAUAAGGGAGAAAUUUAAUAGGUCCCUCUUCGGCGAGUGCGAUAAACCGCACUCGGAAAGGGUGGAGGACGAACCUACCGUUGACACUCGGUUGAUCGAACAUUUUGAAAAUAACGGUACCGCCUCUAACGGGGAAGAGGGCUUGAGCGCCAACGACAUCACGUUAACCACAGCCGAAGAUAGACCACUUAAGAGAAAAAAUGGGUAUUGGCCUCAGAGCCUAGAUUUUAAAGGCGAAGCCUUCACCUUCAAAGCCACAACUUCGGGACUCAUAGCCACCCUCUCCCAUUGCAUCGAUAUACUCUACCAGAGGGAGGAGCAUUGGAAGAAAAAAUUGGAAAAGGAAGUUGAGAAGCGGAAAAAGCUGGAAGAGCUCUGCAAUCAAGCUCAAAAUUUUAACCUCAAAAAAACGAUGAUAUUUGGAGGACCCGACUUUGAAGAAGGGCCCCAUUGCGCUAUAAAGGAGGAAGAGUUUUUCGACGCCGUUGAAACGACGCUCGACAAAUUGGACAAGGAAGAAAACGAACUCAAACACAGACAACAGCUGGCCUCGAAACAAUCCGCGAGUUAUCACUCGGCCAUCUCCAAAUUAUCUCAUCCAUCCCAAAAAACCCACAGACUUUCUGGAGAGGUAGACAGAAUAUUCGCCGAGCAGCUGGCAAUAGCCCAAGUCGACCCCUUGUCUUACCUAAGGGACGACCGAUGGCAACUUAUAGCCGAGGAAGGCGAUAUGAAGAUUUACAAACGAGAACUGGAGGAGGAAGGACUCGUUUGCGAUCCUCUCAAAGCUAUUCAUAUUGUCCAGGGCGUCACCGCUAAAGAAGUUUGCCAUUACUUUUUCGACCCUAAUUACAGGCACGAUUGGGAAACUACCCUGGAAACAAUGAAAAUUUUGGAGGUUCUAUCCGAAGAUACCCUCGUAUUUCACCAGAUUCACAAAAGGAUCUGGCCUGCGACUCAAAGGGAUUCCUGCUUUUGGUCUCAUAUCAAAAAUGUUAGCCAAAGUUCGCUAUCGGAAGAGGGUAACACAAAGUGCCUAGACACCUGGUCGGUUUGCAAUUAUUCUAACGACCAUCCCCAAGCCAUAGACAAUAAUUGCAUACGCGUCAAAUUAGCUGUCUUUCUUCAUUGCCAAACCAUCGUCGAUAAUCCGCCAGGUGGAAGCCACGAUAUUAAUUUUGCCAAUAUCAACCGCAAAAACGUGAAAUGCAAGAUAACAUAUUGCUCCAAAAUUAAUCCCGGAGGCUGGACUCCCCCGUCCGUCCUGCGAGCUGUUUACAAAAGAGAGUACCCAAAAUUCCUCAAAAAAUUCACUUCCUACGUCAAAGACAUGACUAAGAAUAAAGAACUCUUAUUCUGAACACCCCACACUCGGCAUCGCUUACAUCACAAACUAUUUACAUUCAUAUUAUUUUGUACAUUAAAAAAAAUAUCUAUCGUAAAUUAGACGGGUGACGCGUAUUAAAUUACAUACCUAUAUAUAUAUAUAUAAUAAAAUCUAUUUUUAACUUGUUCAAUGCCGGGCCUCACCCUCUUGUACAUAAUUAAGCUGAUUGAUCUAUUAUAAGCGAUCACAUAAUGGAACAACUUACCAAUAUUCAUCUAUCACUUGAACACUAAUAUGACUAUAAUACUUACAUUCACCCCCCCCCCCUCCACCGCCCCAUAUUUCCCAAAACGAGUAAUCUCUAUUAUUAUGUUUGAAAUAAUAUCAUUCAAUUUUGUUUUGUUUAAUUAUUUUCCUUAAUGAUUUUUUUUUAGUGUAUAAUAUAGGUAUUAAAAUUUAUAUUUAUUAUAUUAAAUAAUAUAAUUAUUUAUUAUUCGCCGUUGAAAUUUUAACAAAACACCGCGUUGUAUUUAUUUAAAAUAUUUAUGAUAUAAUUUUGUAAAAAGAAGAAAAUGAACUCACCCGAUCUUUUACCUUCACGUGUUAGGAGUUGCCAUUUUUUUUCAUAUUUAUUAUCUUCUUUCUUCAUAGUUUGUCAUAUUUUUUUUUAUGCCUAAACCCUGCAUUCAUAACGACAUUUUUGGCGAAGUGUACGAAAUAUGAUUAUAAAUUAAUAAUUUUAACAUUAAUUUUCGUUAACCUCCCCGCGAAGUAGCGUUAACUCCGAAUGCAGGAAUUUAUAUAUCCGCCCUCGGUGGGUGCGGCUUUCGAUAAAUAUUUUUUAUAUUCACUUCGCACAAAAUUACGAAGCAAAAAAUUUAUCCACCAUCUUUUAUAGAUUUUUUUUUUCUGAAAAAUAGUUUUUUUUUAUAUAUAAAAGUAUUAAUUAUUAUCAGCCAAUUAAUAAUUAUAAAUUUU